AGAAGUCGUAGCAGAGAUCGAGAUAGGAAGUCUGAUAAUGAUCGAAGCAGAAGAUCACCACACAAAGAUAGACAUAGAUCUCGAGAUAAAGACAGAGAAAGAGAAAGGAAAUCUGAGGAUAGAGAAAAGGAGAAAAAGAAAGAGAAAGAAGAUAACUAAACUUUAAUCUGAGCAACAUAUUAAAAGAUAACUGUUUUAGUACCGGUACCAAUUCCUAUACUCUAUCUGGGAAAUACACAUGACAUUUCAUCUUGAAUGGUCCAGUCUACCAGUUGACAAUGUAAACAGUACAGAUAUAAAAGAUACAGAAAAAUAUGAGGUUAUAAAUUGUCAAUGCUGCUGUCUAAAGGUGUAAAAACCUUCAGAAAUGCUGUUUUGUGAAGCAAGGCAACGUUUCCACGUCAUUUGAAAUUAAAAUAUAUUGAAGGUAUACUAUGAACCCAUUAAACAAACACAAGCCCUAAAAUUCCCAUUAGUAUUGGCUGCUUCUGCAAUCUGAU